AAAAUCUCUAUAGUAUAUGCUGAACUAAAAUGUAUUCACAAUUCCUUCAAAAUUAAACUGUAAUAUUUUAUACUGAAUGUAGAGCAAUUAUUCACCAUAAUAUUCACAGAUAUAGUUAAGUUAGAGUAUAAGUGGUCAAAGGGUUGCAAACCAAUUUUGCUUCCAUUUUAACUCAAAUAAUCACUCAUACAAAUCAGAAAAAGAUAUGGGUCACACAGCAUUUCAUACAUUUCUCUCAUUAUUCAGACCCUAAUUAUCUGGAAAAAGAACUAAAUGUCAUCAGACCAGUUCCUAAACGUGCUCCUUUACAUAACAGACCUGUAUCCCUCAUGUUAGAGAAAUUAAAAUUACAUGUAAUUAUCUACAUCAGGACACUGUUUUAAAAAUGUUACAGUGCCUGUAGGACAAGAAAGGGUUUGUUUAAUUGAAAUAAUUCACAUAUUGUUGUUUUCCAUCUAACUGAAAUGUUCUGUAUAUCAUGAAACUUGUGCAGAUUCUCGGUUAAUGUUAUUGUAUCCGUGGAGUUGUUCCCCACAUUAGUGGAGCAUCUGAGAUAAUUUAAUUUCUGAUAAUCUUUUCUUUGAUUUAUUUGAAACUCUACAUCCUUUUAAUUCAUGACCUGAGGUGAAAAAAUGGACUAAUGACGCAUGCAUGAAUCACCGCUUUGCUUCUCAAAUAGCCCUGUGAGGAAACCCCUUUCCUGUGCUGUCUAUUCGUAAAGGGAAGUGAGGACUUGCUUGUGCAGCACUUUGUUUUUCUUUUCAUGCAGACGCCGCUGUCAGCACAUACACUCGCAGCAUGAACUACUCAGAUGAGCUGCCUUCUUCUUAUUCAAAGGACGAUAAUAUGGCCCCUGAAGAGUUUGAUGGCGGGACAGCAGUGGCUUGUGUGAUCCUUGGCCUGUCCUUUCUGAUAGGAGCUCCGGGCAACCUGCUGGUGAUCUGGACCAUCCUGAGACACGUCAAGCAGCGUUCCCACACCGUGGUGCUCAUCCUGCACCUGGCUGUUGCAGACCUGCUGGUCCUCAUCACCCUGCCUCUGUGGAUCUACUCUCUGGCCCACCACUGGGUGUUUGGAGAGGCCUCCUGCAAAGCCAUGGUGUUCAUGAUCCAGGCCUGCAUGUACAGCAGCGUUUUCCUCAUCGUCCUCAUGAGUGUGGAGCGCUUUGUGGCCGUGCGCUAUCCCUUUGCUUCAGCUGGCUGGAGGAGGAAAAAAGCUUUGAAUAAAGUCCUGCUUGCUCUGUGGACGGCAGCGUUCUUGUUCAGCGUACCCAUCAUCCCGACUCAGGUUGUGGGACAUGAUUCUGGCGAGGAGCACUGUCUGUACCGGUUUUAUGAAUCUGUGACCCAGGAGCUGGUGUGUGUGCUGCUGGAGACACUGGUGGGUUACAUACUACCCUUAUCCAUCCUGGUGGUCUGUUACAGCUGCGUGUUCAGCCGGAUCACCCAGAUGACCUUUAAGUCUAAGCGCAAGUCCACAGUCCUGAUUGCCAGCGUGGUGGUUGUGUUUGCCAUCUGUUGGACGCCUCACCACAUAGGAAACGUACUCUCUCUCAUCAUCCUGGCCACCAAAGACGAGUAUCUGGAGAGCGCCAGGAGCACCAUGACCUUCAUCGCCGGAGCCAUGGUCUUCAUCAGCAGCAGCGUCAACCCCAUCCUCUACAUGUUCGCGGCCCGUUCCUUCAGGAGCUCCCUGCGUGACACCGGCAUCCAGAAGCUCUUCCGCCACAUCUCCAGCACCUCCCCAGGUGAGGGCACUAAAGAAUUGUCCUUUGUGUCCAAGAGACCGAGCAAUCAGACCCACAGCUCUCAGUGUGUGUCCGAGUCCAAAGACCAAAUGGACAUAUUGGUAAACAUGUGUGAAAAUAAUCCAUCGUGAUAUUGAAAAUGUAUGUGUAGUGUGUGUAGAUAUUCAUGUAUUUUGUAAUGAAGGAAAUUUAGCCUGAAAUGAAGCUCAUUUUGUAUGAAAUUACAACACAGAAAAACAGGAAGUCAGAAUUUAUCUGUGAAAUACUUGUCCCAACUCUGUAAAUAACCAGUUUUACAUGUUUUCUAAAAGUUUCUUUUUUAAAUAGUGAACAUAUAUUUAUAAAUCUGUCAUGCAUUAUGUACUUAUGCCAUAUAGUAUUCAUAAAUAGUACAAUAAAUAAUUCUAUAUGCAUAAGACAAGUCUCAAUGUAAAGUUUUUAUUUUAUUUUAUAAUUUUGGUGAUGCAAAAUAAAUGGAAAUGGUAUUGA